UAUCAGCCCUCGGAUUCGAUUAACGAUCAGAGCCACAAAUUGAUGCCGCCACUUAAACAUCGAAAACCUUUAAGCUCCACUACCAUAUAAAUACUUGAAAUUUCCCUCCUUCAAAUCCUUCUCCCUAACAGUUCGCCUUCUUAACCUAACAAUAUGCAAGGGCACCGUCCGCCCUUCCGUCCAGGAGGCGGCGCCGGUGGAGGCUAUUACGGUCAACCACCACCACCUCCUCUAAAUUCAGACCCUAAUUUUGCACUUCAAAAUCCAAACGCUUACUUUCAUAACCUAGCCAAUACUCUGUAUCAAAGUUUACAACAACAACAAAACUUUAACAGUUACUUCCCUUUUUCUCUUCAAAACCUUAACUUUCCAAUUCAAAACCCUAAUUUUCCAUUCCAACAUUCUAAUUUUUCUCUUCCUCAACAGUUCUCUAUACCUCAAACUCAACAGCAGCAGCAGCAAAACCGUAACUUUCAGAUUCAAAACCCUAAUUCACCUCAACAGAACUUAGUUCAGCAACAAAAAGCACAAAACCUACCUCCUGAAACUCCGAAACCGGUUGAAGAAGAGAGAAUCGAUCAAACGGCUCAACAUGAUUCUGUUCAACAGCAGCAACAGCAGCAUCAACAACAAAAACAACCUCAGGAAUCAUCUCCGAAUGCGCAAAACGAUUCAACUCAACAGCAUCAACAACAAAGUCGGAAAUUACUACAGCAACAACCACUUCAUCAAAUGCUUUUUCAGAAUCCAAAAGGGAAACGAAAACAACUCAAACAUAAACAAGAACUUGUUGAAAAAGUGGACCUAGCAGUAGAGAAGGCGUGGCAAGAUCUUCUUGCGGCUGCCGAGAGUAUUUCAGCAUGGAGAGUGUCGCAGGCUGCACUUGUUACACUGCAGGUUGAGUCGUGGGGCUCAUUGGGGUUUCCAAUGCAGGAGGUUCCCUCAUUGCAUCGGCUUAUUCUCACUGAAGGAAAGAUCAAUGCAUUUAUUCAUUGCUUUGUCGCUGUUCGGAGAAUUACAUCAUUGUAUGAUUUGGAGGUGGCGAUCUGUGAGAAUGAGGGUAUUGAGCAGUUUGAAGAACUGAAAUUGGGUCCUUUUCUGCGACACCCAUUGGUCUUGCAUUAUUUUUCUGUGAGUUGUGAUGCAACUGAAGUAUUAAAGAUAACUACUGAGGACAUUAUUCUGACCCUUCAUGAGUACAUGGGUACUUUUAAGGAAAAAGAUAUCACGGCUGAUGAAUUUCUGGAUUUCAUAGUGAAGAAGCGAUCUGUCAAUGGGAAGGGAAAUCUUGGUGUACGUAUUCAAGGUUUGGGGAUGCAUAUUAAGUUUAUUCAGGAAGCCAAGAGAUCUAAAAAUACAACUCUGAAAAAAUGUCUAUCCUCAAUGAGGGCACCAUCAAAGCGAUCUGGCACUAGAUGUCAUAAACAUCCUCUUCUUUCCUCACAGAAAAAGGACCUGGAUGAACGUUUUUCUGCCAUCUCGCAACGUGUAGAAUCUUUUGCCUUGGUGCAUAAGGAUUUCCAAGGAAAGCACAUAAGAUUUGAUUCCUCAAGCUCAGAGGGUGAAGAAAGUAAUGAUAGUAUGCAUGAUGAUACAAUGACCAGCAAUGGUGAGAGGAGCCAUUACUCUUUACAGAAUGUGAAUAGUACUGAUAAGGUGAGUACCUGUCCUUACCCAUCUGCGACUGAAGAAAUGUCACGGCUGGGCUUGAAAGGUGAAAGUGAAGUGGGUAGCCAAUCUAGUCGUAAGAGGCAUACUAGCAACCCAAGUCGCUUAAGGAGUAGGAGUAAGCUGGAUUCCUGGGAAAGGAAAAGAAAAUUUGAAGAGCUAAGCGGCACGGCCUCUGCACCUCCCAAACUGCUUAAAGGUAAUGAGGAGAAGCAUGAUAUUCAUUCACUCAAAAAUGGUGAUAAGACUGAUGAAGUGGAUUUUUCAUUAUCUAAUAAUGCCAUGGAAACAUUUAUCACAACCUGGAGGGACGCAUGCAAGGAACAUACUGUGACUGAGGUUUUUGAGAAAAUGGUUCAAUUUUAUAGACCCCUGGAUGGUCGACACAGGAAAAGAAUCAAAUGGGCAUUUGUCUCAAACCCAUCUGUUGGAUUGCUGAAUGUCGCUGUGAUGGCUAUGAAAUCUGGAAUGUUGGAUAGCAUAUAUGAUGCUUUCCAAUCUGUAAACCAACAUGAAUUGACCAACACCUUUUCUGAAUAUGAAAGCAUUGAUGUUGAACCAGCUGAAAAGCAUAAAUCAGUUGUCCCCCAAUGCAGUUUGCUGCCAACACAGAGUGUUACAGUUGAUGAAAUUAUUGGGAAAAUUACUAGGUACUAUGAGCUUGAUCAAAAAUUCCAGAGCAAUGACAAAUUGCUUUUGGAAGACAAAUUUAUCUCCUUGAAGAAGCUGUGCAAUUGUGAGUUUUGGCUUGUUGACCAGUUUGGUAUCAAGGAAUUCAAAUUCCUUGGUCAUGGGGAAUUUCUUAUGUUCUUAGAGAAACAUGCUUCUCUAUUACCUACUGAAUUACAGAAGCUUUUUGCUGCUGAUAUAUGUGAAAAGCCGCCUUUGGAGGUUUCUGUGCUCCAGCAUCAGUUGAUAUUUUUAGUAUCACAAGCAUCAAAUAAUUUAUGGGAGAGUGAAACUAUCUCCAAACAGAUGAUUUCUGCAUUGCUUAUAAAGCAAUUUCCUUUAAUUAGUUUUAAAAUUAUGGAAAAUGGCUCAAUGGAAGAGUUUCUACAGACUGUGGCUCAACAUAAGAAUAAUGUACUCUCCAAAUGUGUCCAGUUUUCUGCUGCAUUGUUAGGAGAACAUUAUAUUGGAGACAUGUUAAGGGAAGACCAUACAGUCGAAACUGCUGCAGUAAGAACCAACAGUGGCCAGAAAAUGAUGGCCUUUGAGUCCAUCACCUCCCAGAGUGCAAUUGAGGUUUUGCUUAGGGCGCCAAUGUUGUGCGAUUUGACCUCAUGGUCACAUUGGGACCUUAUUUUUGCUCCGUCUCUUGGUCCUCUUGUUGAAUGGUUGUUGAAUGAAGUGAAUGCCAAAGAAUUGCUGUGUUUGGUCACAAAGGAUGGUAAGGUGAUUCGAAUUGAUCAGUCUGCUAAUGUGGACUCGUUCUUGGAAGCUGCACUUCAGGGAUCACCUUUCCAAACAGCAGUCAAGCUGUUAUCCCUGUUAUCAUUGGCUGGAGGGGAAAAGCAUAUUCCUUUGUCCCUCCUAAAAUGUUAUGCACGCCAAGCAUUUGAUGUCAUUUUCAAGAAUCAUUUUGAAAAUAUGGAUGUGCAGGAGAAUAGAAAUUAUUUGUUGCAUGGCAAAGCAGUUGAUAAGGCAGCUAAUACUUUAAGUGGUCAAGCACAUAAGAACUUGUUCCAAAUUAAUCGGGUGCUGCCUGCUGCCUCGAGAUUUGUACUCGAUUGUCUUGGUUAUCUUCCUUCAGAAUUUCGUAGUUUUGCAGCUGAUGUGCUGCUUUCCGGGAUGCACUCUGUCGCUAAAGAUGCCCCUUCAGCCAUUUUAUGUGAGUGCAGCCAAAAAGAACGAAUCAUGCUUCAUGAAAUAGGAUUAUCCAUUGGUUUAGUGGAGUGGAUUGAUGAUUACCACACAUUUUUUUCCACCAUUAGUACUGACUCAUUCACAUCUUUUGAGCCAGCCCUGGGAGCUGCCACACCUGUGCUAAGCACAGGCUCGAGGUAUGUGCAAAACACACUGGAUAUGUAUUCUUGUGGUGAUGGGAAAACAAAUAUGCAUCUUGCGGAAGAUGGUCAUAAUGAAGAAAGUACUGAAACUAGCCCUACAAUUCAAGAUGCAGUAGUUUCUGGUGAUGCAACAGCCACGGGUUGUGCAGAAGAAUCUUCUGAGAGUAACAAACUGAAGGAUGCAGCCCUGGUAAUUGAGUCUAUCAGGAGAGAUGAAUUUGGUUUGGAUCCAAAUAUUUCAAGCACAGAGAGCACCAUUUUGAAAAAGCAACACGCUCGCUUAGGGAGAGCACUUCACUGUCUUUCUCAGGAAUUAUAUUCUGAGGAUUCUCAUUUUCUUCUUGAGCUGGUUCAAAAUGCUGAUGAUAAUAUUUAUUCAGGAAGUGUAGAACCAACUCUCACAUUUAUUCUUCAAGAAUCAGGUAUUGUCAUUUUAAAUAAUGAGCAAGGCUUCUUGGCUCAAAACAUCAGAGCUCUUUGUGAUGUUGGAAAUUCAACCAAGAAAGCAUCCGGUACUGGAUACAUAGGGCAGAAAGGGAUUGGCUUCAAAUCAGUUUUUCGGGUAACCGAUGCUCCAGAGAUUCAUUCCAAUGGUUUUCAUAUCAAGUUUGAUAUAAGUGAGGGUCAGAUUGGUUUCGUUUUGCCCACAGUUGUUCCUGCUUGCGAUGUUGACUUGUUUAGCAGGCUGGUGUCCAGAGAGACUGGUCAAAAGGACAAAAAGCAUUGGAACACUUGUAUUGUGCUUCCAUUUCGGUCAAAAUUAUCAGAAGAAACUGCUAUGAAAAUGUUUGCAGAUCUUCAUCCUUCUUUACUACUCUUUCUUCAUCGUCUUCAAUGUAUUAUGUUUCGGAACAUGCUCAAUGAUUCGCUCCUUGUAAUGAGAAAAGAGAUUUUGCAAGAUGGGAUUAUAAAGGUUUCUUGUGGAAAAGAUAAAAUGACUUGGCUUGUUGCAUCUCAAAAGUUGCAGGCACAUGCUAGUCGUCCUAAAGUUCAGACUACUGAAAUUGCCGUAGCAUUUACACUGGAGGAGUCAGAAAAUGGGGAUUACUAUCCACGUUUGGACCAACAGCCUGUUUUUGCUUUUCUUCCUUUAAGAACGUAUGGACUGAAAUUUAUUCUGCAAGGCGACUUUGUUCUUCCUUCAUCUAGAGAGGAAGUAGAUAAAAAUGAUCCCUGGAAUGAGUGGUUGUUGACAAAGUUUCCUGAUUUGUUUGUAAGUGCAGAGAGAUCAUUUUGUGCUCUUUCUUGUUUUAGGUAUAAUCCAGGAAAAGCUGUGGCAGUUUAUAUGAGCUUUGUUCCGCUUGUUGGUGAGGUGCAUGGUUUCUUUUCUGGGCUCCCUAAAGCAAUUGCUUUAGAAUUGCGAAGGACGAGUUGUCUCCUCCUGGAGGGGGACAAUUGCAAUAUGGUCCCUCCAUGUAAUGUUCUGAGAGGUUGGAAUGAACAAGCUCGCAAUCUUCUACCUGAUGGCUUGCUUCAAGAGCACCUUGGUCUUGGAUUCUUAGAUAAGAAUAUAAUCUUGUCUGAUUCACUUGCAAGGGCACUUGGUAUUAUGGAGUAUGGACCUGAAAUUCUCAUAAAAUUUAUGACCUGUUUAUCUCACACAACAAGUGGCCUAAAAUCGAUGGGUCUUGGUUGGUUAUCUUCUUUACUUAACACUCUCUAUAUUAUGAUUUCCCAUUCUUCUGGACCAACUGAUCUCAUAGAUAACCUCCGUCAGAUUCCAUUUAUUCCCCUUUCAGACGGUAGAUACAGCUCAUUGGACAGGGGUACAAUUUGGUUACAUUCUGAUAUUUUAAGUGCUGGAUUUGAUGGUGCACAGGAGCUGGAGGCUUUUCCACAAUUAUACGCUAAACUUCGAAUUGUAAACCCUGCCCUCUUUUCUGCAUCAGUGGCUGAUGGAACUUUGGUGGACAAUAGUGCUACGAUGCUUCUAAAAAUUGGUGUUCAACAACUUUCUGCUCAUGAAAUUGUGAAGGUUCAUGUUUUACCAGCUUUAUCUAAUGAAAAAGUCAGUGAUAGAAACAAAGAAUUAAUGACAGAUUAUCUUUGCUUUGUAAUGAUCCACCUACAGUCUAGCUGCCCCCAUUGUUGUAUGGAACGAAAAUAUAUUAUCUCUGAGUUACACAGUAAAGCCUUUAUAUUAACAAAUUUUGGAUAUAGAAGGCCUGCUGAAACACCUCUGCAUUUCAGUAAAGAUUUUGGAAAUCCUAUAGAUAUUAAUAAAUUAAUUAAUGUUAUGGAUAUUCAAUGGCAUGAGAUUGAUCUCACCUAUUUGAAGCACUCAGUAAAUGAUUCAUUGUCCAAUGGGCUGAUGAAGUGGAGAGUAUUUUUCCAGGAAAUUGGUGUUACAGACUUUGUUCAAGUUAUUCAAAUCGAGAAAAAUAUUUCUGAUCUACUCCAAACUGUGUUGAAGAAUGUAAAAUGCGAUGCCGACCUGCUUUGUCCUGGAUCAAUUGCCAGAGAUUGGGAAUCCUCUGAGUUAGCACAAAUAUUGUCUAUAUUGUCCAAGACUGGUGAUAGGGAAUGUUGUAAAUAUCUCUUGGAGAUUCUUGACAGAAUGUGGGAUGAUAGCUUCAGUGAGAAAGCUACUGGUUACUACAAUUCAAAAUCUAGUGUUGCUGGCAGAACCUUCAAGUCUUGCUUUUUAAGAAGCAUCCAUGAUGUUCAAUGGGUAGUAUCAACCAUGGAUAAUGAACUCCACUACCCUAAAGAUUUAUUCAAUGAUUGUGAUGUGGUACGAUCAAUCCUGGGUAGUUCUGCUCCAUAUGCUCUUCCGAAGGUGACAAGCUCAAAGUUGUUAAGUGAUAUUGGCUUUAAGACUAAAGUUACUCUGGAUGAUGCUCUGAAGUUUUUAAGAGUAUGGAGGAAAUCAGAAACCCCUUUCAAGGCCAGCAUAGCACAAAUGUCCAAAUUAUACACAUUUAUCUGGGAUGAAAUGGCUGCUUCAAAGAAGCAAAUUUCGGAGGCACUCCAUUUGGCACCAUUUAUUUUUGUUCCAUUUGAAUCUGGUUUAAGGCAUGACGAUAUGGUGUUUGGUGUGUUCUUAUCGUCUGAAGAUGUUUAUUGGCAUGAUCCAAUUGGCUCUGUUGACCGCAUGAAGGAGAUUCAUCCUCGGUAUGGAUUGGCAGGUCUGCCUAAGCAGCCUGUAAGCAAGACAUUAUGCGAUAUUUAUACAGGGCUCCAUGAUUUUUUUGUUAAAGAGUGUGGAGUACGUGAGAUCCCUUCUUGUGGUUGCUAUUUUGAUAUUCUAAAACAGCUGUCAACUGUUGCAUUGCCUUCACAGGCUGCUGGCACGGUUUUGCAAGUCUUUUUGAAGUGGACUGAUGAGCUGAAAUCUGGAUUUCUAAGUUCUGAAGAUAUCAUUCAUAUGAAAGAAUGUCUUCUGAAAGUGGAAUAUACAGUACUUCCCACUUUACAAGAUAAGUGGGUUUCAUUACACCCUUCAUAUGGUCUGGUGUGCUGGUGUGAUGAUAAGAAUUUGAAGAAAAUAUUCAAGGAUAUGGACAAUAUUGAUUUCAUAUACUUUGGCAAUCUUAGUGAUCAUGAGGAAGAUAUGCUUCGAGCUAAAGUCUCUGACCUCAUGCAAAAUUUAGGGAUUCCUGCUCUAUCGGAGAUCAUAACUCGUGAAGCAAUAUACUAUGGUCCAGCAGACUCUAGCUUCAAAGCUUUACUGGUUGAAUGGUCUCUUCCUUAUGCUCAACGCUAUAUUUGUAGUUUACAUCCUGAAAAAUAUUUCCAACUUAAGCAGUCUGGAUUCAGUAAUAUAAAGCAGCUGAAAAUUACUGUUGUUGAGAAGUUAUUUUACAGGAAUGUCAUAAAAAGUUCUGGCAGUGCGUCUAAAAAGCGAUAUGAAUGUAGCUGUCUACUGCAGGGCAAUACUUUGUACAUAACUUCAGAAUCAGAUUCACAUGCAGUGUUUUUGGAGCUUUCUCGUUUAUUCUUUGAUGGAGCUUCAGAUUUACACUUGGCGAAUUUCCUUCACAUGAUUACAACCAUGGUGGAAUCUGGCUCCACUGAGGACCAAACAGAGUUCUUCAUCAUGAACAGCCAAAAGGUGCCAAAGCUUCCUGACAAUGAAUCUGCUUGGUCACUCUCUUCCAUUUCUUCUUUGAUAGAGAAUGGUGAAUCACAUCAGAAAGGUGUUGCGCCAGUGGCAACGAACGAGAACAAGAGCUGGAAGUCCAAGAGGAAAGUGGGAAUCAGCUCUAAUUGGCCACCUGUUGAUUGGAAAACUGCACCAGGUUUUGAAUAUGCUCAUACAAAUGGUUUUAAGACCCAGGCUGUUGUAUCACAUCCUAAUAGUUUAGGUCGAAGUCUGGAGGAUGAUUCAAAGGACAAUGUCACACAUAUAGAUACUUCCGUGCCAAUUGAAAUUGAUUCUUGGAUCAUUGAAGAGAACACAGCAAGACCCAUGAUAGUAAGCACUGAAAAUCCAGAUGAUCAUCUUGCUCAUGCUUGCAAUCAAUCUCUAAAUGUGGAUAUUGCAUCUGACCCUGUUGACUUACCUCUCAUGUCUGAGAAACAUGAACCAAGUUCCUCUAGAUUUUUUAACAGAGAGAAGUUGAAUACUGGAACAGCUAAUGCUGCACAAUUAUUACUUACUGGAAGACUAGGAGAACGUGUUGCCUUUAAAUAUUUAACUGAAAAAUUUGGUGAAAGUGUUGUAAAGUGGGUUAAUGAAGAUAGUGAAACUGGGUUACCUUAUGAUAUAGUUGUAGGUGAGGAAGAUAGCAGGGAGUACUUUGAAGUGAAAGCCACAAAAUCGGCAAGGAAGGACUGGUUCAUUAUAUCAACGAGAGAGUGGCAAUUUGCAGUUGAAAAGGGUGAAUCUUUUAGCAUUGCUCAUGUUUUUCUUUCAAGUAAUAAUUCGGCAAGGGUCACAAUAUUCCGAAAUCCAGUGAAACAAUGUCAGGCAGGCAAGUUGCAAUUGGUUGUCAUGAUGCCAAACCAGAAGAAGGAAUCCACUGUUGUCUCCUAAAAGGCACUGUUUUUGCGGUAUGUUGUCUAAUUAACUUCAAACAUAUUGGAAGCAUGUGCUUGAUUACUGAUCCUUGCAUAUUACUGACCAAAUUGAUUUGAUUUAGUUAUCUUGCUAUUCAAGAUAGCCGAGUCUUCCUGUUGUAUGAUUUUCUUUGGAAAAAGAACACCACCUUGUGGCGGAGCGUCUCAACUCUUCUGCUUCUGAUUCUGAAGUACGCGCAGUAAUUCUGCUGUAAGAGUUGUAUGAUAUUUUUAGACAAGCAUAAACUGGCUAUGAGACGCAGCCUUUGCAUGCUGAAGACCUGGCUCGAAAAUAUCAGCAAAAGAAUAGGACACUGUAAGAUGACAUUUGAUUCCGUUCGUAUAUAGGAAAAGUAUUUCAGACUUUAACCCUGUAAAUAUCGUUUUUAGUGCCAGCAAGGCAGGGACGCUGUUUGCCAGUUGAUUUAGGAUGCGCAAUGAAGCCAGUUUUUACAUAUGCGUAGCUUAAUUUUUUGCAUAGCUGUAAAAUCCAAAAUGCUAUUGGUGCAAGGUGCUAUGCUAAAACAAUAAGACAAGCAAUGACAACUCAUAAUUACUGAUCAA